CCACCCUCGGCCUCCUGCUCCUGCAGCCCUGGGGUCGCGCCAUGUCUCGCGGAGCAGAGGCGUUGGACCUGCCAGUGUGGAACACAGCCUCAGCCCUGUCCUGGGGGUCCCGCCGCAGCAAUGCAAUGGCUCAUCUUGAUUCUGAUGUGAAAGAAGAAAGUCUGAGGGAAGACCUGAAGUUUUACUUCAUGAACCCUUGUGAGAAGUACCGAGCCAGACACCAGAUUCCAUGGAAACUGGGUCUGCAGAUUUUGAAGAUACUCAUGGUCACCACACAGCUUAUUCGUUUUGGUUUAAGUAACCAGCUCGUGGUUGCUUUCAAGGAAGAAAACACGGUUGCUUUUAAGUACUUGUUUUUGAAAGGCUAUUCCGGCACAGAUGAGGACAACUACAGCUGCAGUGUAUAUAACCAAGAGGAUGCCUAUGAGAGCAUAUUUUAUGCUGUUAAUCAGUAUCAUCGUCUAAAGAACAUAUCCCUGGGGACCGUAGGUUAUGGAGAAAAUGAAGAGAAUAAAAUUGGCUUAAAAGUCUGUAAGCAGCAUUACAAGAAAGGGGCCAUGUUUCCUUUGAAAGAGACACUGAAUAUUUACAGUGACAUUGAAACAGACUGUAUUUACUUAGACCUCCGGGCCCUCUCCAGGAACUCUGAGGACUGGAAGAACUCGUCCUUCUUCACACUGGAGUUUUAUAGGCUCUUACAAGUCAAAAUCUCCUUUCGCCUCAAAGGCAUUGACCUACAGACGAUUCUUUCCCGAGAGCUACCAGACUGUUACGUCUUUCAGAAUACGAUCACCUUCGACAACAAAGCUCACAGUGGCAAAAUCAAAAUCUAUUUUGACAGUGAUGCUAACAUCGAAGAAUGUAAAGGAUUAAACAUAUCUGGAUCUGUUCAGAAAAAUACUCAGUACGUGCUGGCGUUUGACGCCUUCGUCAUCGUGAUUUGCUUGGCAUCCCUGAUUCUGUGCACGAGGUCCAUUGUUCUCGCCCUGCGUUUGCGAAAGAGAUUCCUAAAAUUUUUCCUGGAGAAGUACCAGCGACACGUGUGUAAUGCUGACCAAUGGGAGUUCAUCAAUGGAUGGUAUGUCCUGGUGAUUAUCAGCGACCUAAUGACCAUAAUUGGAUCCAUACUAAAGAUGGAAAUUCAAGUAAAGAACAUCACGAACUACGAUCUGUGCAGCAUUCUGCUCGGAACGUCCACGCUUCUUGUCUGGGUUGGAGUCAUCAGAUACCUGGGUUACUUUCAAAAAUACAACGUGCUCAUCUUAACCAUGCAAGCCUCGCUGCCCAAGGUCCUUCGCUUCUGCGCCUGUGCGGGGAUGAUCUACCUGGGCUACACCUUCUGUGGCUGGAUCGUCUUAGGCCCGUAUCAUAACAAGUUUGUAGCUCUGAAUACAGUUUCUGAGUGUCUGUUUUCUCUGGUCAACGGCGAUGACAUGUUUGCCACCUUCGCUCAAAUCCAGCAGAAGAGCAUCUUGGUGUGGCUGUUCAGUCGCCUGUAUUUAUAUUCCUUCAUCAGCCUCUUCAUAUAUAUGAUUCUCAGCCUUUUCAUUGCACUUAUUACAGACUCUUAUGACACCAUUAAGAAAUACCAACAGAAUGGGUUUCCUAUGACGGACCUGCAAGAAUUCCUGAAGGAAUGCAGUAGCCAAGAGGAGUGUCAGAAAGAGUCCUCGGCCCUCCUGUCCUGCAUGUGCUGUCUGAGGAGGAAAGAAAGUGAUAACAACUUGAUACUUACUAAUUAAAAUUCUUCAGCCAAAGAUAAUUGAGUUUCAGGCAUCCUUAUCCAGCCAGUGCAGAGGGACCCCAAAUGAGGUGGACCAGCAAGUCCAAACAUACUGAUGUUCAAUGUGGAGUGAUAAAAGGGACUGACUGUCAGCUGGAGGAGCACAAAUGAAGUCCCCAAGUUCCCUUCUUUGCUUGGAUGAUGAAGCCUAGACUGCUGUCAAUUACUGGGCAUUGGUGCAAUAGAUCAGUGGUAA